AUGUCUAAAGCUGGGAAAAGGGUCAAAAGUGGCUCUGGACAAGGAGGAGCAAAAUGGGAACAAGCUCUUUUAUCUGCACAGUUUGAUGAGGAAAGUUGGAAAGCAAAUGUCACUUUUGUUGUUGGGAAUAAAGUUGAUGACUACACAUGGAUAGAUAUCUUGGGAUCAACUGUUGCCAGUGGACCUCGCAAAUUAUUCAGUGUUAUAUCAAGACAGAAGCUUGAGGAAGAGGUGAGAGAGCUUGGUAAUCCUAAAGGCAAGAAACCCAAAGAUGUCCCACAGCACUAUGAAGUUACAGAGCCUUGUAAAAUUCAUCUGGAUAACAAUGAAGACAUCCCAUUUCCUCUGUUAGCACGACUUAUCAAAUACAAACUACUGGCAAUCAAAGCUGCAGACAUUAAAAGGCGUGAAACUGAAAAGAAGGCAUCAGUUGAUAAGGAUAAGGCAAGAAAAGGAUCUGGUGGAAAGGGAGGUAAAGAAAGAGGAAAAUCACCACCAAAGGGAAAAGGAGGCAAAAAAACUCCAGAGCCUCCAGCAGCCAAGGAGGGUAGUAAACUGAGAAAGAGAGGAGAGGAAGAUGAUGAAGGAAAAUACAUUGAUGAUGAACCAGAUGAUGGGGCCCAGCACUAUAUCAUUGUGUAUGGAUACAACAGCCCACAUCUCAUCACACAGCUAGCUGAGCUGAGUAUCACUGUUGACUCAAUCCUUAGAAUUUCAUCUCAGGACUACAGCAGAUUUGAGGUCAAGGAUGAAAUUCCUGCAGUAGAGAAGGAUGAAAAGACUCAAGGAAAAGACAAAGCUGCCCAGAAAGCCGUCCUGGAGGAGGUAGAGCGGGCCACCAAACUCAAGAUCAAGAAAGACCUCAAGGAGUUUUGGAAGGAUGUCCUACUGGUGUUACAGAAACAACCAGAUGGUUCCCGACUACACGACAUAGCUCGACAGGAGUAUGAGGUUAAGAACCUUCUGAUACCAGAAGAUCUUGAAGAUGCUGAGCAGAAGAAUGUGUUUGGCUUGGCUAUGUUUGAGGAUGUAGCUUGUAUGAUCUAUGAUCUGAUUGAUUACCGCCGUCAGUACAAAAACUACCUAGAAAAUCUCAAGCUUCUUCAUGUACCAAUGUUCGGUCAAGCAGCACCUCCUGCACAAGAGGAACGCCCAGCUGUGUCAGGUGCCCCUACCCCAUCUGCCCAACAACCUCCUGCCCCCAGUGUGCCCUCUAUCCACCCAGACAUGCUGGAGGUUGCCCCACAGGUUGAUAUGAGGUUCUACAAUGACCUGAUGAGUUGUGUGCCCCAGGAGAGUGUCAGUGUGUCACUUGUCAUGCACGCCAUGCUGGAUCAGGUGGUAGCCACUGAGGAGAAUAUUGAUCCCCCAAGUGAACAGCUUCCUCCCAAGAGACAGGAUGGCCUCAACUCUGAGCUGGCCGCUCACAUCAGUGGCUUGGCUUUCAAACUUGCUCUUUCAGAGGAUGAACAGAAGAUUCUGUCUGAUGUAUUUGAUGCUGAAGAGCAACCCCCAGAAACACCAGGUCAGCCAUUAUUAAUGAACUUUCAUGAUAAAAUCUCAGCCAGAACCAAUCAUCUUAAAAAGAUCUUCAACUUUAACCCUGAGGAAGUAGAGAAAGACAUGCUCAAGCGCCUGCCAUUUGCUUCUCUGACACACAUUCCUCGUCCUGGAUCUCGCAUUGCGAGGGAGCGUGCCGCCAGACUCCAAGAGCUGAUACAUUUCUGUGCGACAGGAGGACUAUCACAAUCAGAGAUUGACCGAGCAUUCAAACAGUUUGUAUUUGAGAGUAUGGACCUUGCCAGUACAGAUCCAAAUGGGUUUAUCAUCACACGUGAUAGCGAAGGGGUUGAACACUCAGCCAUCCCUUGGGAUGAUCCCUACCCCUUUUUUAAGGGAAUGAUACCGACCCAGAUAAAGGGGGUCAAGGAUGAGAUAGAUGUGCGGUCCUCGAGAUCAGUCACUAUCAAUUUGAUCCCAUGGAGUUUAAGCGGGUUAUCAGACCUGAUAGAUUACUCUUUGCCUGGUACUCCUUCACCUCCCCCUCAACCCUCCGGUGCUCCUGAUAACAACACACAACUCCAGAAGUCUGUCCAUGAACCUGAACCGCAGGCUCAGCCUGUAGACAAAUGCCCUGCAGAGAACAAGUCACAGAAGUCUAGAUCUAGGACGAGAAAGAAAACAGCAAUGUCUCCAACAACAACCAAGAGUAUGAAGACAGAGGAAAAAUCUGUGUCUGUUGGGGACCAGAAGGAUGGUUCACGACCUUCUAGUACAGACAGCAAGAAAGGCAUACUGCGACCUCCUUCAAGGUCAAGGUCAAGUUCUGGUGGCCACAGAUCAAGGAGUAACUCAGUUCACUUUGAGAAGGAUGAGGAAGGUAAGCCUAUACGUCACUAUGAGGAGGAGGAUGAGCUGGAUAUUGUUGAGACAGAGCCAGACAAGACCACUGACGAGAGUCUCAUGGAAAUUGUGGAUGCUCAGAAACGCAACCUAGACCAAUGGUGUUUUGCGGAACAUUAUGAACCAAACGUCCUUUUACAGAUCAUCAAGGAAGCUUCCUUCUUGCUUCCAUUUAUGGAUAUGUACUACCACAAAAGAGACAACUCACUGAUGUUAGUCCUCCACAACCCGUCCAGUCUGGAGCUUCAAAAUCAUGUUGACUGGCAUACAGAACUUCACUGUAACCUUGGAUUCAGGAAUUACAUGGAGUGUGUAGCUGAGUCAAUAGCUGACUGGAACAAGGAGGAAGAGGCUAAAUACCAGGCUAUCCUCCUGUCUAAAGAGCUUGUUAAGAUGAGGGAUGAUGAGGAGGCAAGCAUUAAGUCUGCAGAAAAAGCCAAGGGCCGCAAGUCACCUCGUAAAUCACCAAGUCGCUCCAAAAGUCCUGGUAAGAACUCGCGUUCUAGUAGCCAGGAGCGCCCCUCAUCAGCUGCCAGUAACAUGUUUGUCAGAGCUAACUCACUAAAGGCCUGGAAGGAAGAACAAGAUAGAAUAAAGGCUGAAGAGGAGGAAAAGGAGAGAGAGAAAAGUGCAAAACGAGUGAAAUCAGGCAAAAAGGCUGAAAAAGAGAAGGAAGACAAAAAGGGACCAGGAUCAAGGGCCAGUGCCAAGUCUAAGACAUCUGCUAAAGAGCCCGUAGACGAUCAGCCCAAGGAGGAUGGAGAUGCACCCCCUGUGGAAGAAAAAUACUGGCCGUUCACUGGAUAUGAUGUGGGUAACAAACUGAUCCAUGUGGCUGGGAUGACAACCACCCUUUUCCCAUCGGAUGGUGGCCAGAUCAGGACUGAGAAGUUGGAAUUUGCACAAGGCACCAACUCUAUAAAGACAUCUGUGUUGAAAGAUGGACAUGUGUUCUGUGUGCAUGUCAUCGACCCAAAGGAGGGAGGAGAGGACAGUGAAGAGGAAGAUGAAAACAAAGAGGAGGUUGAGAAGUCCGAACAUGAGAAAUCAGAGAAGGACCAGGGUGAUAAGAUGACCAAAGAUGGAGAUGCUGGGAGUACAGCAAGAAGUAAUUCUACCAAAUCUGAGGAAAAGAAAACAAAAUCAGUCAGUGCUUUUGGUAGCAUAACUGCUAAUCUGCAGGAUGGAAUGACUCUGUCACUCAGUCAGUUUGGUUCUAAUGGAGUUUCCCAGGAUGGUAAGAAAUAUGAGCCAAAGGUCUAUAUUCCACCACCCACCACUCCAAGUCCUGUACCACCACCAUCACCCACAAAGAGUAAAAAGGGGGACAAGGGUAAAGGAGCCCCAACACCAGAGGCCCCACCUCCAAUCACACCUCUAGAAACGGAGAAAGAAGAGGACCAGGAGGAAAAGAAGGAUGAGGAAAAGCCAGUGCUUCAGCCCUUCCAGCAGUUGUAUGUUAGUGCACCUGAUGGCCUCAGUGUAAAGUACAUGCUGGAGAGUUCUGUUGGUAUGAAGCCGUUGUCCGAUGAUGACCGCCGUCUGCUCAUAAAGCAGAGUUAUCCCUUUAAGACACGGGGUGAACAGCCAUGUGAAGCCAUGCGAAGAAAGUAUGCCUUGUCAGAACAAUCACGAAUCAUCACAUCAGAAGGAACAGUGGUCAAAAACAUGAUGGAUGGGUCUAUUGAGGUGCUGUAUGCAGAUGGUACAGUAAGUGUUCACACUGGUCCUUGGAUAAGCAAGCGAAGUAGCAGUAGUUCCCCCCAGAGAGUGGGAAGUGCCCGUAGUCAGACUGGGGAAAGAGCAGAAACACCCACCAAGAAAGCAGCAGCCAGUGCUAAGGGAAAAGCCAGCAAGUCACAGGACAAGAUUGCAGAACAGGCUCCAGAGGAGGAGGUGCCAGAGAAAAAGAGCAUGUGGAUCACUACUUAUCCUAAUGGAGAGAAAAUCGCCUGUAAAAGUGAUGGCAAUGUAGAGGAACUCAAAUCUGUCAUGGUCAGUUUGGCCUCUGACCCCCAGACAAGCCAGUCCAUGGCAACACGGGAUGACCAUGUGAUCACUAUAAGUUACCCUGACGGUACUACAAUCAUAGAACAUGCAGAUGGUACAAGAAUCACCACAUACUACAAGGAGAACCAGAUAUCUAAUGGGGAUGAGGAGUUUGAGGAUAAUGAUAUAAAAGAAUUUGAAACUCAAACAGUGAAGUUUGUGAAGGUAGAGUGUCCUGCAUAUGCUACAGUAGAAUUCAACUGUUUAACAAGUGAGAACUUGACCAUAUUUGGAAAUGGCACAACCAUCAAUGUAUUCCCAGAUGGAUACUACAUGUUACACCAGCACGAUGGUGGGCGUGUAGAGGUGGAUAUGGAGGGCACCCUCACCUACUACCCUCGUCCAAUCAGAAAUAUGGAACAGCUGCUCCCUGAGAGAGAACUACAAUACAUCCUGUGUCACAAUGCAGAUGUAGUUGUGGAAACUGUUGACUCAGAUGGAAAUGUAUUUAAUGUAAAGAGUAAUGGGGAUUUUACAGUGAUCCCUGUUAAUGGAGAUGCACUUUCUGAAUCUAGUAUGGAUGAAGGUAAAGGCGAUAAAAAAUUGACUUCUUAUAGAGAACAUGCUCCCCGAUUUUUCAUUCUUCAUUCUGAUGGAAGUGGUACAGAACUGUUACGGUACCAAGAUGUUGCAGAAUAUAUCAACACUGCUGAGCACAGUCCUGCCACAGCAGUCCUUAAGGAUGACCUUCCCGAUUAUCCUGGUGUCCAAGGGAUCACCGUUCUCAAGCCAUAUCUUGGAGGCCCAUCAGAGAAAUUCUUUAAGAAAUAUGACCAGGAGUCCAUAAUUCCUCCAGGCAUACGCUGUAGAGAUCUUACAACCCUUCCUCCUAAGGAAUUCAAAACUCCUGGACCAGGCUAUGGAAAAAACCUGGGUCAAGGCUUGUCUGUGGGAGCAGCAGUAAGACAGCCAAUCAGGAUUCCCAUAUUAAAAUGUCCGAACAUCCUUGAACUGAGACAACUUAUACAGUACAAACCUGUGUCAGGAGGUCUCAGAGAGAGCCUGCAGGCAGGAGUAAAAGAGUAUGCUGAGUUUGUGACGGAGAGAAACAAGGUCACUAACAUGAUGCAGGUAGUUGAUCCAAGGACAGACGAGGAAAGGAUACAUGCAGCAGACCUUACAGAGAUUGGUCUCCAGACAGCUCAGCGGGAACUUCCACAGUAUGAGCCUGCCGAUAUCAAAGGCAUCUAUGAGAAGGUGACAGCACCCCCGGUACAAAGUCCUCCCCCAACUCCUCAGCCCAAACGCACCAUGGCUGACUGGGAGCGGGACCAGCGUGAGAUGAACCAGGAACUAGAUGGAAGAGAUGCACUCAGAAAGAAGAGAAUUCCUACCUACUUUGACAGUGAAUUUGGAAAGGCCUUCCUCCUUACACAGGCUAAGGAUGUUGAUGAGAUUUUACAGCAGUUGACAGAGGACCCAAGAAAGGAUGGCACAGAAGCUGUCCGGGGCAACUCGUCUAGCCAAAGUAACAACCCUCAGCAAAUCUCCCCUGAUACCAGUGCAUACCCAGCACGAUCCGUAGCAGCAGUGACCUCAGUUCAAAGUGACCGGUCAAGCACUUCACCUGUGGACACUCUCCACCCAAAACAAGUCUCUGACACACCAAUUUCAUAUGCAGUGUAUGCAGAGACUGUUCCAUCCCGUGGAGGUAUCCGCCCAGGAAACCCCACCCCAGCUCAUGCUACUGGACAAGGCUCCCCAGCCCCUCUUCGUCCAGAUAACCCCACCCCUGGGCAUGCUGUCAAAACCAGCACUGGCAGACCAUAUAACCCUACUCCUAAACAUGCUGGAGGUCAGAUUGACUCACCAUCUGACCUACCGUCACAGCUAGACUACCCAGCCAUCAUCAUGGAACAGCCAUUGGAGGAGGAAGAUUAUUCAACUGGUGAGGUUCCUGAGGGAGAGAGUGAGUUAGUCCUGACCCGAAGCCUGAAGAUGGAUGUGACAGGUCGCCCAAGAAAGGAGGCUGUAGUGCUUCCUCGGGGAAUCAAGGGAGGACGUCCUGGGGCUAUCCCCAACACCAAGUAUAAGAACAUUGAGGUGAGCGUACGUCGAAAAGUGAAUACAUCUGUGACAGCUGGAGCAUCUGUCCCUUCUCAAGUCCAGUUGGAGAAAAUGAGGGGCCUUAUCCUGCUACCAGAGGAGAUUGACUUUGGAGUCCUGAGAGAAGGGAAUACAUAUGUCUGUACUGUCUGUCUAAAGAAUACAGGUGUGGACUCCUGUCGCUUCAAAAUUAGACAGCCCCCUCCUGCUACUGGACUUAGGAUCAACUACAAACUAGGACCAAUUGCUGCAGGAAUGAAGACGGAUCUUGAUUGCGAACUGUACGCUAUUGCCGUUGGAGUGGAAGGAGAAUCUGGUGUUGGGUCAAUCAGACAUGACCUAGAAAUUGUCACAGAAACUGACAUACUCUUCCUCCCCAUCACAGCAACUGUUCUGACUGCGGAUGCCUACGACAAUAGGAGUCCCAACAGCCCUCAGGGGGGGAAAUCCCCAGGGACACGUUUGGUUUCCACCCGUCCCCCACAGAGUACAGGCAUUAUCAGGCCCAGGAAAAACCCCUUCCCAGGUCCACCUCAGCCAGAUUCCACAUAUGUGAGAUGAAGAUGAUGAAGUGCAUAGUGAACUUUUUCAGUUUGUGCUCAACAAAAUGUCCUUUGUGACAUACAUGUAAUUAUUGAGUAAAAUCUGUGAUAUAUUUCAAUUGUAGGCCACAAACAUUUUUAAAAUUCCAUUUAAGUAACUGAUAUUUUUCAAAUUACAAAUGUAAUAGGUUCCUUUUUAGCUUCUCGUUUCCUGUGGAUGCUAAUACUGAUAUACAAAUGUGUAUUGUCACUAAUGAAGUAAGACUUAAUUCUGUCCAUCAUAUUCAUGGAAAGAUUCCUGCCAAAGAUGAUCUGAUACAUGUAAUUCUAUUGACAUCAAAAAUUAUUUGAGCAAUAAGAUGUGUACAUAUUGACUGUCACCUUGUGAUUUUUUUCAUUUGGUAUGAAAUCAUACAGAAUGCAGUGUUAAAAUUACAAUAACCUGUAAUACCACCAUUUGUAUAUUUUGUAUAAACUGUAUUUAUGUAACUUUU